AUGAAGUUCUCUAUCACUGCUAUCAUCGCUGCUACUGGUUCUUUGGUUGCCGCUGCUCCAACUCCAAGCUCCACUGAUGCUCCCUCUUUUUCUGAGGUUCCAUCCUCUGUUGAAAGCUCCUUUGGUGUUCCAACUGAGGCUAUCAUUGGCCAGUUCUCCUUUGAUGCGGAUGAGUACCCGUUGCUCACUGUCUAUGAAGACCGUCGCUACAUCAUUUUGCUUAACUCCACCAUCAUGGAGGAGGCUUAUGCCUCUCUCAACUCUGGAAAUGAGAAAAGAGACGCUGAAGCUGAGGCCAAAUGGGGUUGGUUAAGGUUCUUCCCCGGCGAACCAUUCGUUAAAAGAGAUGCUGAAGCAGAUGCUGAAGCCAAAUGGGGCUGGUUAAGAUUCUUUCCAGGUGAGCCUUUUGUCAAGAGAGAUGCUGAAGCCGACGCCGAGGCUAAGUGGGGCUGGUUGAGAUUUUUCCCAGGUGAGCCAUUCGUCAAGAGAGAUGCUGAAGCCGAUGCCGAGGCUAAGUGGGGUUGGUUGAGAUUUUUCCCAGGUGAGCCCUUUGUCAAGAGAGAUGCUGACGCUGAAGCCAAAUGGGGAUGGUUGAGAUUCUAUCCAGGUGAGCCAUUUGUCAAGAGGGAAGUUGAAGCUGACCUCGAAGGUUGA